AGCAGUGGAGGGAGGCGUUGACUCGACUAGCCGCUGUGCAGCUCUUACUGCGCCGCGUGAACGUCAAUUCUGUUCACUGUGAUUGAGUCAAAAGGCACAAAAAUGUCAGGAAAGAGUUUUCGAGUCAGCGACGGGGACUGGAUUUGUCCCGAUAAAAAGUGUGGGAAUGUAAACUUCGCGAGAAGAACAAGCUGCAACAGAUGUGGAAGAGAAAAAACCACAGAGGCCAAGAUGAUGAAANGUCUGCUGCAGGCUUUUUUGUCCAUCAUUUACUGCUAUUUGGUUGUAGAAAUAGAAUUGUGUGCUUCACUGUCUAAAUACUCUGGGUGCUUGGUGUAUUCCUCCAAAAGAUCGAGCUCCAGGUCUGGGAAGGGCUCCUCUCCCCACAAGAGGUCCCGCACGCCAUCCUCCUCACCCGAGAGGACACGGAAGCGCAGUCGCUCCAGGUCUUCAUCUGGAGGAAGAAAACGAAGACGCUCUAGAUCACAUUCGUCCGAAAGGUUUGGGUUUCUGUGGAAUACCACAGUGGCACUAAUUAUAAUUAGACCUCUAAAGGAUCGCUUAUCGGAGAUCAGAUUUACAAAUUUCUGCCCAUUUUUUGCCAUUGUGUGAUUUUUUUUUUUUUUUUUAUUUGUUUGAAGUAUACAUAAAUUACCAAAGGCUGACUCUGCUGACCUUGUUGUUCUUCCCAUGAUUGUGUG